CAAAUAACAGGGAGACGUCGGAUGGCUGCGCAAAUACUUGGAAUUCCGGUUCCGUCGUUGGCUAUUCCGUCAACUUUGACAAGCAGAAAGUUGUUUCUAUGAUAGGCUACAACACAGUCUCAAUAGCUUGAAUACUUAGUAAUAAACUAGAAAUGGCUUCUUCGCCACAGAAAUCACCUUCUUCUCCCAAAUCCCCGACUCCAAAAUCACCACCUUCAAGAAAAAAAGAUGACUCUUUCCUUGGAAAACUCGGGGGAACUUUGGCCAGAAGAAAAAAGGCAAAAGAAGUGUCUGAGCUCCAGGAGGAGGGGAUGAAUGCCAUCAACCUGCCCCUCAGCCCCAUCCCCUUUGAGCUGGACCCGGAGGACACCAUGCUGGAGGAGAAUGAGGUUCGCACCAUGGUUGACCCAAACUCCAGGAAUGACCCCAAACUGCAAGAACUGAUGAAGGUACUCAUAGACUGGAUCAAUGAUGUGCUGGUGGGGGAGAGAAUCAUUGUCAAAGACCUGGCUGAGGACUUAUACGAUGGGCAGGUUCUGCAGAAACUCUUUGAGAAGCUGGAGGGUGAGAGGCUGAAUGUGGCUGAGGUGACCCAGUCUGAGAUAGCCCAGAAGCAGAAGCUGCAGACGGUUCUGGAGAAGAUCAACGACACUCUGAAGGUCUCAAUCAGAAACAUCAAAUGGACCGUUGACUCCGUCCAUGCUAAAAGCAUCGUGGCCAUUCUCCAUUUAUUGGUGGCGCUGUCUCAGCACUGCCGUGCCCCCAUCCGCCUACCUGAUCAUGUGUCCAUUCAAGUUGUGGUUGUACAGAAACGGGAGGGGAUCCUGCAGUCUCGCCAGGUUCAGGAAGAGAUCACAGGGAACACGGAGGCUCUAUCAGGAAGACAUGAGCGAGAUGCGUUUGACACCUUGUUUGACCAUGCACCAGACAAGCUGAAUGUGGUGAAAAAGACGCUGAUCACCUUUGUGAACAAGCACUUGAACAAGUUGAACCUGGAGGUGUCUGAAUUGGAUACACAGUUUGCUGAUGGUGUGUACCUGGUGUUGCUGAUGGGACUGCUUGAGGGUUACUUUGUUCCUCUCGUCAACUUCUUCCUAACGCCAGAGCAUUUUGACCAAAAGGUGCACAAUGUGACCUUCUCCUUUGAGCUGAUGCAAGAUGGCGGCCUGGAGAAACCCAAGCCACGGGCAGAGGAUAUUGUGAACUGUGACCUGAAGUCUACUCUGAGGGUACUCUACAACCUCUUCACCAAAUACAGAAAUGUGGAAUAAAGAUAGGUACUUCACCGUUCAUUCAGUUAUAUCAACGUAUCUAUCAAGCAAAUGCCCUGUUUAGAUGUAUAUUUCAGGGCAAACACAAUGCAUCUAAUAGGGAGAGCACCCCUGUGUUAGCUUUGUCCUGCUGAAGGCACACUAAAACACAAGUACAGCACAGUAUGUUGUAAAGUAUUUUGAUAUGAAAAUACAUAUAUUUCAGUAUUAUUGAAGGUUAACUUAAUGAAUUAUUGAUUAUGCCGUCCUAUUGUUGAGUCAUUGUCAUGUUGAAUGGUUCUUACCCAUGUCAUUCCGGGCCUACACCGUUUGAAGUCUACUUUGAUUCACUUGCAACUACAUGAAGGAUCAGAAUAUUGAUGUAUUGAAUGUAUGACAGCUGGAUUUGUGCUUAUCAAAGUAUUUAGUUCCAUCUUUUGAAAGAAGAUUUGAAUUGGCUCAGAAUGUUUUUGAUUGUUGUGCUUAAAGCAUUGGGACCACGUAAAGUACGCACAAAAAAUAUUUUGUACUUAUCCAAAGCAUGAUGUAUGGCUGUUUUUGACUAUUUGUUUAUAAUCUAUUCAUAAAAACGGUUUGCAAAGUAAUGUUUCAGUGCAGUGUUUACUAAAACUACAGAACAGCAAGACCCCAGUACAGUGACAGUUUAACAAAAAGUCAAUUGUUGAGUAUGAAUUGAAACGAUAAACCAUACCCUAUAUUGAACAGAACUAGCUAGUAGUGCUGAGAAUGUAGUGUGGGAGUUUGACCAAAAUGGAUUCCUUUGUGUACUUUAAUUUGAAGGUCAUAAUAAUUUCAGGUUUGAUAAUGGGCCUUGUGCUGUAGCAAACUUGUGGCAUUCCUUCCCAUGAAAACUUGUAUGCUCUGUAUUGUUAAUAUGCUAUAUCAUCAAGUGAAAUAUAGAAGAGCACAGGAAAAUACCGUCAGGAUUUGGUGGCUUUACAUAGAUGGACUUUACCCAACUUGUAUUACACCUGACAAUGGACCGUUUCAUAGUCAAAUAAUACUGUAUUGGACUGUGGAUGUUGGUGUAAGUGUCUGCUUUACAACGAGAACUUAGCUUACAGUAUUGCCGAGAAGCAGAGGUGCACUACAUGCAAUUCAUGAAUUAAUUUGCUAACCACGCACUGAUGGAAUGGCUUUGCUAAGUGCUUAGCUGCGAAUAGGAAGGUCACAUUUUUCCUUUGAGUAACAACAUAAUGCAUGACAAGGUUACAAUUGAAGUUUCAAUGGAAUUUCUUUGUGCCUGAUUUGAUCUAUAUAGCAUGUUUCUUUUUAUAAAUUGCUUCUCUUUAGGAGUUGGAAUUCACUUAUUUCAAUUUACAGACACUUAAGAUUAGUUAAGCUGCUUUUAGUGUGUUUGUCAACUUACUUAAUUGAGCACAGAAAUGAGUGAGAGGAGAAAUGAGUGAGUUAUCUUGUUUGAGUCUUCGAAUAAAGUAUAAAAUACUCAUA